AUGGCUUCACUACCUGAAAAUCCAGUUACGCAAGCUAAACCAUUUCUUAAUUCUGCAGUUGAUUUCGGAGGUCCUUAUUACAUAACUUCGACCCGUCAUCGUGGUGUCAAAGCUUGCAAAGCUUAUAUAUGUGUUUUUGUAUGCCUUGUUACAAAAGCUGUGCAUUUAGAGCUGGCUAGCGAUCUAUCGUCGGAGACGUUUCUUUCUGCCUUGCAGCGCUUCGUUGCAAGAAGAGGAAGAAUUCAGACAAUUUUUUGUGACAACGCCACUAACUUCGUCGGAGCAAGUAAACAAUUAAAGCUGAUGCAAACUGCAGCUCAACAAGAAUUUAUCAAUUUUAAGUUUUCACCACCCUCUGGUCCCCAUUUCAACGGACUAGCAGAGGCAGGUAUCAAAUCCCUGAAACUCCAUUUAACAAAAGUAAUUGGCGAUCAAGUGCUUUCGUACGAAGAAUUCAACACCAUUUUGACGUUGGUCGAAUCCAGUUUGAAUUCGCGUCCGCUGACACUCUGUCCUCAGACAUUGAAAGUGUUGAUAUUUUGA